GUUACCUCCCCUAGAAAGCAACACGACAGUAAUUUGCGCAAUGGUUGUGUUUAACUGCAACGCUUGUGGAGAGGCGCUAAAGAAGAAUCAAGUGGAGAAACACUACAUGACAAAGUGCAGGAGCUGCAAUGUACUUUCUUGUAUUGACUGUGGAAAAGACUUCUGGGGCAAUGAUUAUGAGCAGCAUACAAAGUGUAUCUCAGAGGAGGAGAAAUACUCUGGCAAGAACUUUGUACCAAAGCCUGGACAAAACAAGAAUGAGGUCAAGCAAUUACAGUGGCUACAGCAAGUUCAGUUGGCGAUAGACAAGGCGAAGACGAACCCACAACUGAGGGAUCUCCUUGUCCGACUGAGGGACUACCCCAACAUACCCAGGAAACAGAACAAGUUCAUAAACUUCCUGGCAAACAGCAUCAAGUGUCGAAACCCUAAAGUCUGCAAUGAAGCAUGGAAAGUACUGAUGGAAAAUGUUGAAAUGCCUCCUAAACCGGCGGAGAAUGGAGUGAACAGCAAGGAGUCAGCAGCUAAUUCAGAAACAAAGACUGCAGACGUAGUGUCAGAAACCAGCUCCAGUGCAGGGCGAGUAAAUGCUGUAAAUGGGGAAACAACUGAAAUUGACACACACAAAUUAAGCAAAAGAGAGAAAAAAGAGGAAAGAAAAAUGAAAGCCCAUAAGAAUGAGAAAAAGGAAAAAUUUGUGGAGACAAACAAUGAAAUAAAAGAAACAAGCAAAAAAGGAAAAAAACGAAAGAAGGAUGCACUGGAAGACGAUGAAGAGGAAGAAGUGACAUCACAAGACGACAGUAGGCUGGUUUCAGAUGCUGAGAUUGCUGAGGAGGAAUCUAGUGAACCAGUCAGGAAAAAGUUCAAAACCAAGUUCAAUUGGGCAGAGGUUAUACUUGAGGUGGUGCAGUCAAAAGGAACAGAAAUGAAGAUGAAAAGAUUAAAGAAGAAGGUGCUGGCUGAGUACUUGUCACAAGGGUGCACGGAGAGGUCAGAAGAAAAACUGUGGGCCAAGUUUGACAAACGACUGAAGCGCCAUCCAAACAUUAAAAUCCUUGGUGACAAAGUGAAGUUGAUAAAUAUGAAUGUGUGAAGGAAUGUGUAAAAUAAAACAAUUAUUGGAUUUUGUGAUGAUAUUUUGUUUUCUUUACAAGAGUAUAUUGCUUUAAAAAAACAUGUACAGCUUUACAACCACAUGUAAAAAGGGACUGUUAUUUAUGCAGCAUGUUUAAAGAAUGAUUUUUUACAGUCCAUAAAUUACCUGGGUUUAGGGGGAAUGUACAUGAAUACAAUUUUAGUGCGUUAGAUUGUACUUAAAAUUAUACGGAUUUUUUUUUCCAAAUACAAUUGUUUUAUGUCUACACUUCAUUAUUUUUAGCUCGGCUGUUUUCUGAGAAAACUGGAGGUAUUGUCAUAGCCAGUGUUGUUGGCCGUCCGUGUCAUGCUAAAACCUUCACAUUUUGUUAAGGUUUUGAACAUUGGCUCUAAAAUCAAAGUGCUUCAACCUACAACUUUGAAACUUCAUCUGUAGCUGUAACUUGAUUAGUUAUACAUGCCACACCCAUUUUUGGGUCACUAGGUCAAAGGUUAAGGUCACUGUGACCUCUAAAAAAAUAUAAUCUGACAAGCUUUCAUUUAUUCAAAACUGGACCCGCAGCAGAGCAUGGCACCCGUUAUGCGGUGCUCUUGUUACAUUCAUGCUGUUAUAAGAUUAUUGAAAAUAAUGUUUGUCUAGUAGUAGUUUUAAGAAAUUUUGAAAUAUUUGUAUAUUCAUUAUUGUUAAUAAUUUUGUUGGUUGUACAUGGUUAACGAUAAUAAAUUAAUUUUUCAGCAAA